CGGGGCCGCCCCCCCUUGCUCCCUUGCCCCCCCCCGGGCCCCGCAGAGCUUCGCCGGAGAGAAAGAACGCGCGGACUGCUCCAGCCUCCGAAAUGACUCAGUAACUUUUACGCCUCGAGUCUCAGCUCUGCAAUUAGCCACUUUCCCAGCGCCGCUCGGGAUGUAUUCGUCUCCUCUCUGCCUGACCCAGGAUGAGUUCCACCCCUUCAUCGAGGCGCUGCUCCCCCACGUGCGGGCCUUCGCCUACACCUGGUUCAACCUGCAGGCCCGCAAGCGCAAGUACUUCAAGAAGCACGAGAAGAGGAUGACGAAGGACGAGGAGCGGGCGGUGAAGGACGAGCUGCUGAGCGAGAAGCCCGAGGUGAAGCAGAAAUGGGCCUCGCGCCUCCUGGCCAAGCUGCGCAAAGACAUCCGGCCCGAGUGCCGCGAGGACUUCGUGCUCUCCAUCACCGGCAAGAAGCCGUCGUGCUGCGUCCUCUCCAACCCCGACCAGAAGGGCAAAAUGCGCCGCAUCGACUGCCUGCGGCAGGCUGACAAGGUGUGGAGGCUCGACCUGGUCAUGGUCAUCCUCUUCAAAGGGAUCCCUCUGGAGAGCACCGACGGCGAGCGGCUGGUCAAGGCGGGCCAGUGCACCAACCCCAUCCUCUGCAUCCAGCCCCACCACAUCAGCGUCUCCGUCAAAGAGCUCGACCUCUACUUGGCCUAUUUCGUCCGUGAGAGAGAUUCCGAGCAGAGCAGCAGUCCCCGGACGGGCAUCGCCUCGGACCAGGAGGACACCAAGCCCAACACGCUGGACUCCACAGACUUCCAGGAAAGCUUCGUCACCUCGGGGGUGUUCAGUGUCACCGAGCUCAUCCAGGUGUCCCGAACGCCGGUGGUGACGGGCACGGGCCCAAAUUUCUCCCUGGGGGAGCUGCAGGGCCACCUGGCCUACGACCUGAACCCCUCCAGCACGGGCAUGAGGAGGACGUUGCCCAGCACCUCCUCCAGCGGGAGCAAACGGCACAAGUCUGGCUCCAUGGAGGAUGACAUCGACACGAGCCCCGGCGGCGAGUAUUACACCUCGUCCAACUCACCCACGAGUAGCAGCCGCAACUGGACAGAGGACAUGGAAGGGGGCAUCUCCCCCAACGUGAAGACAGAGAUGGACAAAUCGCCCUUCAACAGCCCCUCGCCGCAGGACUCCUCACCCCGCCUGAGCAGCUUCACGCAGCACCACCGUCCCGUCAUCGCGGUGCACAGCGGUAUCGCUCGCAGCCCGCACCCUUCAUCCACGCUGCAUUUCCCCACCACCUCCAUUCUCCCCCAGACGGCCUCCACCUACUUCCCGCACACGGCCAUCCGGUACCCGCCUCAUCUCAACCCGCAGGACCCACUGAAAGAUCUCGUCUCGCUGGCCUGCGACCCGUCCAACCAGCAGCCUGGACCGUUAAAUGGAAGUGGUCAAGUGAAAGUGCCCAGCCACUACCUGCCCACGCAGAUGCUGGCACCGCCACCUCCCCCCGGCAUGCCCCGCUUGGCCGUCUCUCCUGACACCAAAUCAGCCACGACAACUUCGGAGGGAGGGACGACCUCACCGACGUCACCCACCUACUCUGCACCAGGCACGCCCCCUGCGAACCGUUCCUUCGUGGGAUUAGGACCAAGGGAUCCUGGGAGUAUCUAUCAGGCACAGUCCUGGUACCUGGGAUAGCGCGGCCGUGCCACCCUUCGCUCCCUUCUCCUCUGCUUUAGGCACCCUGAGAGGACCCCCCCCCCCCCCGGCGCAGAGCCCCCGGCGGACAGCGUGCAUUUACCACCACCGCCAUCGCGACAACGACGACGACGACGACGACAAAGCCAAAAAACAAAACAAAACAAAACAAAAAAUAACCCCAUCCCAUCCCGGACGGAAAAGAGAAGAGGGAAAGGAAGGAAGGAAAGAAGGAAGGAAAGAAGGUUGGAACUUUUUUUUUUUUUUUUUUUUUUUUUUUUUUUUUUGGGAAAAGGAUUAAAAACAAAACAAACAAACAAACAAAAAAAAAACACAACAAAAAAAAAAAGAAAGAAAAAAAAAAAACCAACCGACAGCAGCGACCCGAACCGACAGAACGAGGAGGAGAAGAAAGGAAACGAAACAAAGCAAAGCAAACCACACACA